AUGGUCGACGACGAGUAUCGAGCGCCGACUUUCCGUCUUGACCCGAUCGAGGGGAGAGCGCACAGCCCGUUCGAGUUCUCCAUGCAGCGGCGGAGGAUGGACCUGGAUGACUACCUCCUGUACAUCACGUCGUGGUCCGCGUACCAGACGGCCAAGGAUAAGGGCGUCGAGCUGCUCGAUGAGGCCACCGUGCAAGAGUUUGCGACAGCAUGGGGUGGCGAUGGGAAGGAGGUGAAGACUGUCACGUACCCCAUCUUCCUCAGGAUUGGCAAGGUGAGGCCAGAAUGA